AUGCGCAAACGCUUGUCUUUGCUGGAGCGCGCGCGGCGCGGGCUAAUUUCAAAACGGGCAGUCAAAAAUGGAGUUAAUAACAGCGCUGCGUUUCCUCCGAUUAAACGAAAUUUCUGAAGCCUGGACGGAUGCAGUAUGGGCCCUGGAGUUCACAGAAAGAAAGGAGAUUGAUGAUCCUGUAGGAGAGGAGCUGUCAGCCCUCCGCCCCAAAGAUUUCAAAAGACUCUAUGAUAGUUUGCUGGUGUUCAGUCAAGAGGAUGCAAAAACAGAACAAAGUGUGUGGGCAAUGCUGCAAGAGAACGGCAUCUCGGUGAAGACUCUGGUUGCUGUACUGUCUUUAUUUGUCUUUGGUGGAAAGUCCAAAAAUGCCAGUGUUAAACAGAGGGUCAAUGCUCUACAUGCUGCUUCUCUGUAUCUACUGCUUCUUGGAUUGCCAGGAAGCAUUGCCAACAAGGCUUUCCAUGGGGACUUGUUGGACAUGUGCACAGACAUUUGGAUACACUGCUGGCCUCAGGAUAUGGGAAAGAAACGUAAAAAAGAACCACCCAAGGGCUCCCAGGCAGACGGAAAAAGAGCCAAACCACGGCGCAAGGACACACAGACGAACUUUGAUGAAGAAGAGGAGGAGGACGAAGAGGAAAAGGAUGCAGCAGAACACUUUUCUGGCCAGGACCUGGUUGAGAUUAGAGCUGCUGUGGUCUUGUUAGUUGGGAGCCUAUUCAGACUCCUGCAGAUAUUUUCUCUCAAAGACCUUGAACAGAGUGCCAGGAACUGCACCCAGGUGUUCAUCAAACUUUUGUACUUUGAGCCCAUCAUUGGGGAGAUCAACUUUGCUGAACAAAAUAUCAGUAAUAUGAGGAGUGUUCCUGAGAUGGCCUUCCACGGACUGCAGCUUCUCUACUCUCCAAAACAUGGGCAUCAGGAAAAAUCCUUGAUCCGGAUAUUUCACCAACUGCUCUACGUGAUCCUGAUGAUGAACAAGACCAGCAGCAUUAAGCCUACACUCUUGGCUGUGAGCCAGGGUGUCCUUGCUGCCCGUAAUCAGGCCAUUCAUUUUGUCUGUCAUAUGGUGAAUGAGAUGAAAGAGUUAGCACUGUCAUGUGUUCGAAUCCUCCUGCAGCACAUCUGUGUUCAGAUGGUGGAGAAAAGUGAGUUUCGCAGCCAUGGAGCACAGGCUGUGGGGAGACUCGCUGCACUCAUGUCCAGUCCAGGCUACGCCUGGUUCGUCCGAUGGCUGGCUAAUUUUUCUCAAAAUUCAAAGAUGGCAGGCCGCUUGUUCUCGGUGGAUGUGGUGAUGGCUCUGCUGGAGCAACCAGAAAGAAACCCUGAGGGUUGUGAGGCUGCACUGGUGCAGUAUCUUCCGCACAAAUACCUGAUUCAGGAGGUGUUGUUCGCUCGAAGGAUGGACGUGUUUCCCACAGUCCAGGGACACGCUCUCGCCUGCCUGGCCCAGUGUCUGGAGCUGCCCUCGAUGAAUGCAACCAGAGCUGUACAAGGCCUGUUUACCACAAUUGGGAGCCAGUCUGAACUUCAUACUCAGGCAACCGAAGGAAGUGUCACUUCACAUCAGACUCAAACUUACCGUACACUUCCCUUCAGGACUGUGGAGCUCAGCAACACUGACAGCUCUGCUUGUGAAGGAAAAGUGAACUUGGAACAUCUUCUGCGUCGUGUUAAACACACUAACACAAAUGUGAGAAAGUCUGCUUUACAGGCUGUGAUGGGACUGUUGAAGCACAACGUAGUUUCUUCGACAUGGGAGAACCUGAGUGUCCUGGCGGUUCGCUGUAGAGACCCGGCUGUGUCUGUAAAGAAGAAAGCUCUGCAGUGUGUCGGGGAGCUGCUGUCUGUAAAGCCUGGCUGCAGUGACGUGCAGAAGGCCUGGUUGGAGGGUGUGUGUUCGGCCGUGAUGGACUCUGAGAGCUCUGUGCAGGAGAAAGCUCUGGAGGCUCUGGAUGAGGUGAUCCUAGGUCAGAUCAAGGUCUUCUCUGAGAAGACUUUUAUGGACAUGAGUCAGAGACUGGCCUGGGACCUACUGCACCGCCUCUGCCAUGAUUGCCACAACCUCAGCCGAUACUUCAGCAAAGCUUUUGACAUCUGGCACAAGCAGAACCGAUUCACUCCAUCAUUUUUCAGUGCUCUGGUCUCUCACACAAUGGCCCCUCAUGCAGCUGGGGCCUGGUUAGUUCUCUCCAAGAUGGUCAUCUCAUUCACCAAUGUGCACUAUGGGAAGAUUCUGGACGCCUGGGACAAAAUGACCAAGUGGAAUGAAGUGAAUACAAAAACUCUCUGCAAUGUUCUGUGUGUGAUUGGAGACAUUGCUCCACACCUGAAUCCAGACACACAGGAGCGGAUCAUUGAGGACUUGAUGUCUCAGCUGAAGACCUUCACUCUGUCUUUGAACGCCAUCAGCGCUGCUGUGGAGGCACUGGUCCAGUAUGGCCGAUCAGAGGAUAUCAUGUUGACACAGACUUUUCUGAACCAGCACUGUGGAGAGCUUGUGACACUCUGUGAAUCAUACUUGGCCUCAAUCAUUCUGAAAAAGGAUGGAACACAGAACCUGGAUGAAGACCUCAUGGUGAAAUACUUGCAUACUUUGGGCAUGGCUUCUCUGAACUGUCCGGCAAAGAUCAGCAAAAGGACCAUCCUACUGGUAGAGUCUAUUCUCACCACCAACUCUGACCAACUGGCAGAUGUCCAGGGAGAUUUGCCUGCCUCUUUGCCUUUGUCCCAGUUCAGGGCAAAUUCCUUUUCCUCUAAAAUCCGAGCUCAUGGGGUCCUUACACUUGGUAAACUAUGCCUGCAGCAUGUUGAGCUGGUGCAGAAGUACCUGCCCGUGUUUGCCCGAGAGCUGGAGGAGGGCACAGAGGUGUCAGUGAGGAACAAUGUGGUGGUCAUCAUGUGUGACCUAUGUAUACGCUACACUAACACCGUGGACUAUUACAUCCCCAAUAUCUCUGCCCGGCUGAGGGACAAGAGUGCCACCAUCAGGGAGAACACACUCAUCAUGCUCACCAACCUGCUGCAGGAAGAAUAUGUUAAAUGGAAAGGCUCUCUAUUUUUCCGUUUUAUAACUGCUUUGGUCGACCCUAUUCCCUCUAUUGCAAACAUGUGCGAGUACUGUCUGCUAAACGUCCUACUCGAGAAGAGCCCUGAAAUGUUUAGCCAACAUUUCAUUGAGUGUAUUUUCUACUUCAACUCCUACACCCAGCACAAGUCUUACAACAAAUUCCCUCAAAGUGACAAAGAUGUGCUCAGCUCCACUUUGAAAGGGCCCCAAAAUCGGGAGAAACGCUUCCAUAUUUAUCGUUUUUUGUUGGAACAUUGCACGGAUGUGCAGCGUUUCAGUAUCACAAACAAAAUCAAUCAAACAGUGUUGGUGUGCUUCGCGGAUGGAGAACUGCCCCUGGACUCAGAUGGAGCAGACAUUUUGUCUGAGACUUUUGGUGUUCUGAGUUUGAAAGAGAUGAAGCUGAGGGCCAUGAAGUCCUCAAGUGCAGCAGUAGGAGAGGAGCCGGAGGCGGAGAACAUGGCCAAAGCUGUUCUGGAGACAGCACAGAAGAAGGUUGUCUCUCAGGUCCAUAAGAAGGUGUUUAUUGAGCACACGGUUCCUCUGAUCAUCAGUUUGAAGCACUGUCUUGAGCAGAAGCGUUCUUCUGUGCUCAAAGAUCUUAUGUUGUACCUACAGGUGACGAUGCAGGACUACAAGAAUGAGGUAAAGGAGUUCUUUGCUGGAGAUGAGCAGCUGGCAUCAGAGUUGGAGUAUGCUCUGAAGGAAGCUGAGAAACAGAAGGUGAUUGAGGAAAUGGAGAACUGUAGCAUCAUGCCAGCUCCAAAGAACACAUCAACAGCACAGAACGCUGAUCUUGGGUCCCCUGCCAAGCCUCGACCUGUCCUCGCUCUCCGCUUUUCAACUCCACAACCUCCUCGACAAAACAGUCUGUCCUCCCAACUCCCUCUGACUGAAAGCAGACGUCCAAAUAAUGUUCUGAGACGGGAGGAUCAAGGCCGGUCCAACUACCUGGAGGAAACUGUUAUACCUAAAGGAAAAUUGGACACAAGAGCUAUCAGCACGCCCAAUGCUGCUGUCAAUGUGAACCUGACAUUUGAUGAAGGACUCAGUGCCAUCCUCAGUGACAGAGGCUUAAGUUCCAUGGAAGAUACCGGUGUAUUGAGAGUCUGCUCGAGUGAACAAAGAGUAUCAGGGGCUAGGCAGUGGAAUGUUCAAUCUCCUCUCCGCAAGAGGAAUCAGCCUCGCAUGAGGAUUUCUCUACAAGAUUAAGGGCAUUUUUAAAAACAUGUUUGUACAGGUUAUCCUAUCAUUUUCUAUACUGAAUAACUGUAAUUUCAAAGUAUAAUAAACUGCAUGAAUGUAUUGAAACAACACAACUUAAUAUUGAAAACUGUUUAUUGCUUUUGUCUAAUAAAACACAACACAGCAGAGGAAAAA